UUAAAUUCCACAGUUUAUUAAAGUUUUCUUAGGAUAAGAUAUUUUCAAAAGCAAAAACGUGGUUAAUAUCGGCAUGAUUCUAUUGUAGAGUUAAGAUUUAAGACGGGUUUCAAUUUCAAUAGAACAUCGAUGUUAGGUUUACAGCACAUUUCAGCAUUUAUCAGUUUCUGAUUCAGACGGCUAUGUCGUUAGAGGGUGUGGAGUGUGUGUGGGUGAAGGCGGAGCCUCAGGAAAGCGCGAGCAUGUGCUCAGACCACGAGCCGAGACAGACCGAGCGCACAUGUUCAGUGAAGUCAGAGACUGAGUCAGACAGCGCGGGCGCUUGUGGCGUGGACCUCAUAAAUGACCUUCAAGUGGAAAUUGAGGUUGAGGUUGACCCCAAUCAGUUCCUCCAUCCUAAGGAGCUCGUAGUGUGUCCAGGGCAAACUCAACAUGAAGACCGAAGGGCGCAACCAGACUCAAAAUCUUCAAAGAUUAAAAGAAAACUAACUAAUGGCAAAAUGAGUGACGACAAAAAAACAUAUCCAUUGACUUCUCGGUGUAAUAUAGACUUGAGUAAAAGGUCGACAAUAAUUUCUUUGCACGAGAAAGGCAAAAAUAUCUCCGAGAUCGCUAGAGAGACCGGUGUUACUAGGAAAACCGUUUCUCUAUGGGUACACCGAUUUCAAGAGAAGAGAUCGUUGCGCGACCAGCAAAGGACCGGCAGGCCGAGUCUCAUAGACAGCUCGCAGCGCCAACUCAUGAUAAAGGAAUUUGAGGAGAAUGGGUUCAAGUCGACACACCACUACGCCCGGUUAUUUGGUACUAGUGUGGACACAGUGAGACGAGUGCUGCAUAGCGAGGGGUUAUAUUAUCGGCAGGCGAUCAAACCUCUGCGCGACGGAUCGUAUGAGGAUGACCCACAACCACAUGAAGAGAAAUGAGGUAAUGAGGUACAACCACAGAAUAAGUAGUAGUACUACCAGUGGUGCGAAACUCCUCCCUUCGGGCAAACCUUUAAGCGGUAUCCAGACGGGACUGAUCAAAUCGGUCGAUUUGAUCAGGAAUGAAAUUGGCAUCAAUCUCCAAUUUUAGAUUAAUGGUGAUAUUAGAGCCCUCUAAAUUGAAAAAAAUGCCCCAGAACGAAAAUACUGGCCUCACAAAUUGGUAUUCUUGCGUCCGCACCUCAUUUUAUCGGUAAUAUCGGUCAUUAUCGGCGGUUGAAUUCGGCGAGCCAAAUUGGCUUUUGCGUCCGCACGUCCUGAUUCGAUCGGGCAAUUUAAUCAGAUUGUCUAAAAAUGGACUAGUCUGGAUACGCCUUUAGUCCCAACCAGUAUUGCACGUGGGGCGGGGACAAAUGAGAACACACAGACUGACUCUAAAAAUGAUUUUUAACGUUUCCGAUUGUAAUAUCGGCAAGGUUGUA